GCCAUCGGCGGGGGCCAGAGUCUGGGUGCUGGCGCCUCGCUUCACUGCCCCUGGGCGCCGACUUUGCCCAUCGUCCUGCCGCCUCCUUCUCUCCGCCGCACAGCCAGCCACAGCCGGGCCCCACCCAGCCCGCGCCUGAGGGCCGCCUCUCCCGCCCCGGCCCGCCCCUCUUCCUCUCUGUCUCUCGUAGGUUGGCGGUGGCUGUCAGCAUGGUGCGGUGCGGCCGGGUUGAGCUGCGGAAGUAUGGCAACUUUAUAGAUGCUUUACGGCUCUAUGUGAAAGGAGGAACUGGUGGAAUGGGUUAUCCUCGUCUUGGUGGGGAAGGAGGAAGAGGUGGUGAUGUGUGGUUCAUUGCCCAAGAAAGAACUACCUUAAAGAGCAUAAGGGACAGAUAUCCCCAGAAACGAUUUGUAGCUGGAACAGGAGCCCACAGUAGCAUUAAAGCGCUAAAAGGUGAAAAAGGAAAAGACCGUGAAGUUUGUGUGCCUCUGGGAAUUUCAAUUCUUUGUGAUAAUGGCAAGCAGAUCGGAGAGCUUAAUGCAGCAGGAGAGAGAUUCCUAGCAGCUCGUGGAGGUCUUGGAGGCUGUUUGGCUACAAACUUUCUGCCUUGCAAAGGUCAGAGGCGAAUUGUUCGUCUUGAUUUGAAACUUAUAGCGGAUGUUGGCUUAGUUGGGUUUCCAAAUGCAGGAAAAUCAUCCUUGUUAAGCAAGAUUUCUCAUGCCAAACCGGAAAUUGCAGAUUAUGCAUUUACAACAAUACAGCCUGAACUAGGAAAGAUCUUGUAUGCAGAUUAUAAGCAGAUUUCAGUAGCUGAUCUCCCAGGACUGAUUGAAGGUGCACAUGCAAACAAAGGGAUGGGUCACAAGUUCCUCAAACAUGUAGAAAGAACGAAGCAGCUUCUGUUAGUUGUUGAUAUUUCAGGGUUUCAGCUGUCUAUUAAGACUCAUUUCCGAACACCUUUUGAAACAAUAUUGCUUCUAACAAAGGAACUGGAACUGUACAGAGAGGAACUUGUAGCAAAGCCUGCACUUCUUGCCAUUAAUAAAAUGGAUUUGUCUUGUGCAAAAGAUAACUUGAAUGAACUUAUGAAACAACUACAGAAGCCUCAAGACUUCUUAAACUCACUACAGGAAGAAAUGAUUCCUGCAAGGACACUUGAAUUCAGAGAUAUAAUUCCUGUAUCUACGUAUACCGGGGAAGGAAUUGAGGAACUAAAAGCAUGUAUAAGAAAAUCCAUAGAUGAGGAAGCAGAGCAGGAGAAUGAGGAAUAUCAGAAAAAGAAACUACUACUUCUACAAACUUCAGAACAACAAACAAGUAGAAGCUAGUGUUUUAGGCUGGAUCCAACGUGUCUUCAUAUUUUCAGUAUGUAGACAAACCCAUUGCUGUGAAGACCUUUCUGUUUAACUCCACCACCACUGCCCAAUUCUCUGUUCUUCUCCAUUGCCUCAAUUUCUUUUGGGUAGAAGACAAUGGGGAAAAGAGCAGGUUUUAUGAUAUAUGUUGGUCAUCAACUCAACAGAGUAAAGAGAAAGUAUAUCUCUGUCAUUUCAGAGCACUGCUUAACAGCUGAUGGUGCCUGGCAUAUUUUUUGCCAGAUGAGAUGAAUGGAAGGAGCAUAAACUCAUACAGGUAGCAAAGGAGCAAAUUCAGCCACUCUAGGUCUUCUGCUAUGGGCAUCAGAAACACUGAGGGAAAUUUCUGAUGGAGCAUGUUCCAGAUUUAGUGUUUCUAAGAUGAACCAGUUCUGCCACUUGGACAGGCAUUGGAUUGUGAGGAUCUUGUCGUUUCUAGAGGUUUAAAGGAAACCACUAAUAAAUGGCCACAAGGAAGUGAUCUGUAGGAGCACAAGAAGGCAAGGCUGAUAUGUAAUGUUGGGAUGUUUGCAUUUGCUGAUGCCUACUCUUGGUCAUAUAAAUCCUGAUUCCAAAUUCCCAGACUUAAUUUGGCAUUCGCUCCUUUUAUGAAGUGUUGGGUAUGUGGUACUUUUGGGUGAAAAAAAUGAUGACUGCUUUUUUGACAAUGCUAUACAUUUGUGAGAACAGUUAACGUUCCAGCUUUUGUAUUACAAGCAGGUGCACUUCAUUUUUUAAAAAAAUAAGUCUUUUAUUGUACAGGGUGUUUUCUACUUCAAAGCUAUUAACUUGAGCGGAAAGCAAAAUAAGAUUGAAUACAUCAAAGGACUCUUGACUUCAUCUUGUUUUGCAAGUAUACUUACCAAAUCCUUUUUCUCCAAUUUUUGUUAGUCACUGGGAAGAAAGGUAUGAUGUCUCACAAAUUAUUUUCUUUUAUCAUUACUAUUGGUUCUCAUUCUGA